AUGUUCGUCAGCAUCAGAAAAAAAUCCCUUCAGGCCGCCGUGGUCCUCGGUCUUUUGAUCGUGGUGUCCCUCUGGCUCACCCUGGCGCUGAUACCGUCUAUCGCCGAAACAAACUACUUGGAUCUGCUCUCGCUUUCGCUAUGGAAAAGCUCCAACAUGGAAAACGACAUGUACCUGGACUUCAACAAAAAAGUGUCCAAGCUCGUACGCCAUCGGCAGAAUAACGACUUGGAGCAUACUUUUUGGAAGAUCGACACCACCCUCACCAAAGAGCAGACCGAUCUAGAGAUGCCACCAUACUUCUACGAGGACGACGCCAGCCGGUCUGACGUCCAGCCGUUCGAUCCUCGCUUCACUUUGGCCUGUUACUAUUACUACCUCCACAUGCAAGCCGGCAAGCUGCCCAAGGGGGUCAAAGUGCCUUUCCAUUGGGCUGACUGGAUGGACAUGUCCGUGCUUGACGAGUACAUCUUCGCCAAGGAGAAGACGCCGUGUGAGUUUCUUGACCAAAGAGAAACCGAGGCUAACGAGGCAGAGAAGCACGGCAAAGUGAACAAACACGAAGCUUUGGAUCCUAAGGAAUACUGUGUCAUGGACGACGAGUUAAAUUUCGACCACAGAGAUGGCAAUCAUCUCAGAAUGGGCUUCAACGUCAAGUCUUACCCAGGCAGAAUGACCCCUGAAAUGGCAAUGUUGGCUGGAAGAUCGUACAUGUACACACACGCUCCUCCCCCUGCCAGCAUCAUCUUUAUGACCGACGACGGCUCGUACAACAUCUCCACAGGUGUGAAGCUGAAACUUUUGCACAACGGUAUUCCUGAGCACUACAUUGCUCUGCUGGGUAAGAACUACAUCAACACUGUGGAGCAAUUCAAGCUCUUGAACAAGAAGGUCCCUAGUUUCACUGAUCGCGUUAUCAGUGACUACCAGGUCAAGUUGGAGCACAAGGAUUUUGUUCUGGCUCCAUUUUCAAUCAUCAAAGAACUUCAAGAGAAGAACGUGGCCUCUCCCCUCACAAAAAUGGAAAAAGACUAUCUCGACUCGGUUAAGUUUUCCGUUGCCAGUCAGAAUAAUCCUCCCAAAUACUUCCUGGAGGCCAGAAUCUUCAACACCGUGAUUGGUGAUCACUAUGAUUGGAGAUUCUUCGGCGGUGUGAAAAUCAACACAGAAGAACAGGAACUUACUUUGCACAGAAUGGUCCGUACAUGGUUGUCUUUCUGUCGUAAACAAGGUAUCACCACAUGGAUGGCCCAUGGCUCACUUUUAUCCUGGUACUGGAAUGGUAUUGGAUUUCCAUGGGACAACGACAUUGAUGUGCAGGUUCCUCUUCUGAGUCUUCACAAGUUAGGUCUCUACUUCAACCAGUCGCUUGUUGUCGAAGACGGUAAGGAUGGCUUUGGUCGUUACUUUAUUGACGUGACCUCUUCCAUCACUGUUCGUGGUCACAGCAACGGUAAAAAUAAUAUUGAUGCCAGAUUCAUCGAUAUUGACUCAGGUCUCUACAUUGAUAUCACUGCAUUGGCAGUAAGUGAAGACGUUACGCCAAAGAGAUACACUGAUGGCUUGCCGGAUGAAGUGAGCUCUGGGUCAAACAGAUACAACAUUAACGAUCAGCUUCAGUUGUACAACUGUCGUAACAAGCAUUUCCUGAGCCUUUCUGAGCUCUCGCCAUUAAUCAAGUCAUACGUUGAGGGCAAAGUCGCAUACAUCCCAAAGCGUUAUUCGGAAAUUCUUACUGCGGAAUACAACAAGAAGGGCCUUCUAGAGAAGUUUUUCAGUCAUCGUCUCUUUAUGCCGCAGCUCAGGCUUUGGCUUCAUCAAGACGACUUGCGUUACUUCUUGAGAGCCAGAGAGCUGUGGGACACCUAUUACGGUGCAAAGUCAUCUGAGAAGCUGGUGGGUCUCACCAAGCCUGAUAUUAAUGGAGACUUGAGUUCCAGGGAGGUGACGACCCUUCUCGAACUUGGUGAGUCUGAUCUCAUGGACCUUCUACUCAACGAUGAGAUCCUCAUGGCGUAUGCGGCGCUGAGAGAUAUGACUUCCUUCCAUGAAAACGAAAUCAUGAGGUUACUUUUUGGAAAAACAACCGAGCCUCUCAUCCAGAAAGGAAAGGAAUUCAAGCCACUCAAAUAUGAGCCAUUCUUGUACCGUCUCCUUCUGGACUACACUUCUUUCGAAGAUGAGGUAGACAGAUAUAUUGGUUUGUAUGAGAAGUACAUCAAAACCAAGCCUAGUGAUGCUGAAAAUAAGGACACCCAACCUGAAGACAAGUUAGAGGAGAAGUCAGAUGAAAAGUCGGAGAAGGCUCCUAAUGAUGAGAUCCAUAAGGAGAAGCCAGAUAAUGCUGAUGCUAAUUCAGGGAAGGGCGAAAAGUCGGAUGACAAAAGUGAACCAAACUCUGAACAAAAGGAGGAAGAAAAGAAUUGA